GAACUGCUUGGGUCUCAGUCGUAUUUGAAACUUGGCGACGCACGGUUUAGUUUUCAGCUUUUCAGUUUUCACUCAAGCGUUCUGUGUUUGUGUUUGUGUGUGUGUGUGUGUGUGCGAGUAUAUAAUUUGUUGCGAAUAAACAAAUAAACAAACAAAUAGCAACCACAAUAAACAUAAGUUCAUAUUAAGCAGAUCUCCAUUAUUCUUACUUAUAAACAAUACCAGAUACACUCACUGUUCUCUAUACUCGCAACUGGCCAAAGUCACUAAAAAUAGCCGUGGAAAUCGAUAAAUAAAUAAAGAAAGGUAUAAUUUCUAGCACACCUCAGAAGACACAUCCCCCCCACCACAUUCACACCCGCAUCCAGACUUUCAUCCAUAUCCCAUCAUCUCAAACGAAUAUUUAAUUGCGACGUUGUGAAAAACUCAAGAGAAUAUUUUCAAAUAAUGUUACGCCAAUAAUUUGCAAAACUGAAUAAAUUAACAAAUUGACAAAAAGAACAACAACAAUUGAAUUGAACAAUUGAUUGACAAUCGUAAAAUGUUUGGAAGAUGCUUCUCAUUUGCACUGCUCCUGGUGCUUCUCCAGCUGGCAGCCGGUGGCAGGAACACCGAACGAAUAUCCCGAGAUAAUCAACAGCUGUCGCCGUCGCCGUCGCUGUCGCUGUCGGAAUGCGCCGCCAAGCAGGGGGAGUGUGAUGAAAGUGAGGGUCCCGUCUGCGGCACCGAUGAUCAGACUUAUCCCACGCGCUGUCACCUGGUCCGGGUUCAGUGCAGCGGCCACCAGGUCAGCUUCAAGCAUCGCGGCAAUUGCAAGGGUUGCCUGGCUGCCCGUCAAUAUGCAAUCAGGGAGAAAAAGCGCCAGCCGAAUCUCUUCCUGCCACGAUGCCGCAAUGAUGGUUACUAUGCGGCCAUGCAGUGUCUGCCUGGAACUGGCUGCUGGUGCAGCGAUAGCAAUGGACAUCCCAUCAGGAAUACCUCAACCCGCGGCGGCAGAGCCAAGUGUGGACGCUACAAGCGCAACUCUCGCCGUCGGGGACCGCCGCAUCUGCUGAGCCUCGAGGUGGAUGCUGCCAACAGCAGCGAUGGUGGCGGAUCGGGACAUCGUUCCUGUAGCAAGCCAGAUCGCAUGGCAUUCAACAAUCAUCUAAUCGAAGUGUUUCGCAGCGAACUCUUGCGCUCCGGGCAAAUCGCUGGUGCUAGCGAUUCCGAUGUGCUGAAUUGGAAAUUUGCCCAGUUGGAUGUGAAUGGCAAUCAAUUGUUGGACAGACAAGAAGUGCGUGAGCUCAAGAAGCUAUUGAAGCGCGCGGUAAAGCCCAGACGAUGUGGACGUGCCUUUGGCAAGUACUGUGAUGUCAACAGAGACGAUAGCCUGUCGCGCCUAGAAUGGAGCAGCUGCCUCGCCAAAGAUGCCAGCCAUCGUAAAGCAGCAGUCAAUAUAUUGAACAGCAGCUCUACAUUCAGCUCAAGUCCACCUCGUAGAACGCACUAUACAAAUGUCCACAUUCAUCACACAAACUCCAACCACGAUCAUACCAAUACCAAUAUCAUUGGAACCAUCAGCAUCAGCAAUCCCAGUGCUCAUUCGAAUGACUUUGGCAACGAGAGUGAGGAGCACGAGGAUGAAUAUAUUGGAGAGGAUGAGGAAGAUGGCAUGCCUCAUCGAUUGUCACCCUCGUCAUUUAAUUCACUUGGCAAGCUUUCAAAGCUUAAAACCGAAUCCAUUCUAAUGGACCUCUCCUCCACAGUUCUGAAUCCUAGGGCUGAGACACCAACCAAUGAGAGCGAAGGGGAGACCAACUGUUGGACGGAUCAGGAAGCGGCUCGCGAGGAACAGCGCCAUGGCGGCAAUAGCUCUUUAUAUGUGCCUGAGUGCAUGCCCGAUGGACGCUAUAAGCGUGUCCAGUGCUACAGUUCCUUCUGCUGGUGUGUGAACGAGGAGACGGGCAAGAAUAUUCCAUCGUCCUUUGGCAAGAAGCGACCGCAAUGCGAUGAAGUAAGCGCAGUUCGACCCAUGAAGGGUUGCACGGGACCCCGCAAGACGCAGUUCCUCAGGGAGCUGAAGGAGUUCCUCAACACGAAAGUGCUUCCCAGCAGCAAUACUGGCAGGGACUCGACCGUGUGGAAGUCAGAAGAUGAUCGCAUUGCCACAUUGAGUUUUGUGUUUCUGGAUAAGAAUAAAAACAAAUUUUGGGAGCGUAAGGAGUGGAAGGAUUUCCGUAACCUGGUUACGAGCGCCAGCAAUUUGAAUAAAUGUGGCAAGAAAAUGCCUCGAUAUUGUGAUGUGAAUGGCGAUAAGAAGAUCUCGUUGACCGAGUGGGUCAACUGUCUCCAGCCCCAGCGAAUGGAGAUUUCAAUCACAGUGAAGCCGCCAAUGUCAAACGAGAUGAGUACGUCCCGACUCCAGGGAUCCAAUCCGCUGGAGACAUAUCUUAAAGAUUAGUUUAUAGUGAUGGAUGAUGCUUGUUUUGUGCUGCUACUCAUUAGAUGUCGUGCCAUGUUGCGUGGAGGAGUUUGAAUAUAUCCAACCUCUCAUAUACACACACUCACUCACCCCACACAUACACACUCACAUUCCUAGCAUAUAGAUUCUACGAUUUACAUAUAUAUGUAAUUAGUGUUGUAAAUAUUAUUGAAUAUAAAUGUUUAGGUUAUUUGUAAAA